ACCUCUUGCAUUUAACAAGCUUCAAUCGCAAGGCUGUAUUAUCUUCCGUUCUUUUUGGUGAAUUUAAUUCUGUUUAACCGCUGAGCGGGUAUGCCCUCAGCGUUCUGGAGAGCGGUGGCCCUGGGGGUGCCGCUCCCUCCUCAUGUCCCCGGAGCCCUUGGCCGCCCUGCCGGCACUGGAGCUGCCCCUUCCCCGCGGGUUUGGGCCUGCCCGGGACCCCGGGGGUCGGUGAGGGGUACGGCGGGCCGGUACCGGUGGGUUUUUACCUCAGGAUUUCCCUCGGGGCCUCCCCGCCGGGCGGAGAGGCGGCAGCGGGAGGGUGGCGCGGUGCUUCCCCCGCGCCGUCUCGUUGGAGCCGCCCACCCCCGUCACGUGCCGGGGGCGCGCACCGGGUGCACGAUGGUGGUGGUGGCGGCGGCGGCAGCGGCGGGGCCCGGCGGCGGCGGCAGCAGCAGCGGGUAGAAAAUGGCGGAUUUCGAGGAGCUGCGGAAUAUGGUAUCAAGCUUUCGUGUUUCUGAACUACAAGUGUUGUUGGGGUUUGCUGGACGUAAUAAAAGCGGGCGGAAACAUGACCUCCUGAUGAGGGCACUGCACUUAUUGAAGAGCGGCUGCAGCCCAGCAGUUCAGAUAAAAAUCCGAGAACUCUAUAGGCGUCGGUACCCAAGGACGAUUGAAGGACUUUCGGACUUAUCGGCUAUAAAACCUGCAGUUUUCAAUUUGGACAAUAGUUCCUCUCCUGUCGAGCCUGACCUGGCUGUUGCUGGCAUUCACCCACUCCCUUCUACUUCGGUCACGCCUCAGUCUCCUUCCUCGCCUGUCAGUUCUGUGCUCCUCCAAGACACUAAGCCCCACUUUGAGAUGCAGCAGCCGUCCCCUCCGAUUCCACCCGUUCAUCCUGAUGUUCAACUGAAAAGCCUCCCUUUUUAUGAUGUGCUUGAUGUGCUCAUAAAACCUACAAGUCUAGUACAGAGCAGUAUUCAGAGGUUCCAGGAGAAGUUUUUUAUCUUUGCUUUAACACCUCAGCAGGUCAGAGAAAUCUGUAUUUCCAGGGACUUCUUGCCAGGGGGCAGGAGAGAUUACACAGUCCAAGUUCAGCUAAGGUUAUGCCUAGCAGAGACAAGCUGCCCUCAAGAAGAUAAUUACCCUAAUAGUUUGUGUAUUAAAGUAAAUGGGAAGCUGUUUCCGUUGCCGGGAUAUGCUCCACCGCCAAAAAAUGGAAUUGAACAGAAGCGACCUGGGCGCCCCUUGAAUAUAACAUCUCUAGUUCGGUUGUCGUCAGCAGUGCCAAACCAGAUUUCCAUUUCCUGGGCUUCUGAAAUUGGAAAGAAUUACUCCAUGUCUGUGUACCUUGUUCGUCAGCUCACUUCAGCUAUGCUUUUGCAGAGGUUAAAGAUGAAAGGUAUCAGAAACCCCGAUCAUUCCAGAGCACUAAUUAAAGAAAAACUAACUGCAGAUCCUGAUAGUGAGAUCGCCACAACCAGUCUGCGGGUAUCUCUCAUGUGUCCUCUGGGAAAAAUGAGACUGACAAUCCCAUGCCGGGCUGUUACUUGCACACACCUGCAAUGUUUUGAUGCUGCUCUUUAUCUUCAAAUGAAUGAAAAGAAGCCUACCUGGAUCUGCCCUGUCUGUGACAAAAAGGCAGCUUAUGAGAGCCUAAUCUUAGAUGGGCUCUUUAUGGAAAUCCUUAAUGAAUGUUCGGAUGUGGAUGAAAUCAAAUUCCAAGAAGAUGGCUCCUGGUGCCCCAUGAGGCCAAAGAAAGAAGCUGUGAAAGUCUCAAGUCCGCAGUGCACCAAAAUAGAAAGUUCCAGUGUUGUUAGCAAACCGUGUUCUGUGACGGUGGCCAAUGAGGUAAACAAGAAGAAAGUUGACGUUAUUGACUUGACAAUAGAAAGCUCUUCUGAUGAAGAGGAAGAUCCUCCUGCCAAAAGGAAGUGCAUAUUUAUGUCUGAAACACAAGGAAGCCCAACCAAAGGGGUUCUCAUGUAUCAGCCAUCUACUGUCAGAGUGCCCAGCGUGACGACGGUCGAUGCUGCUGCUAUUCCUCCUUCAUUAACAGACUACCCAGUACCAUUCCAUCAUCCACCAAUAUCCAGUAUUUCAUCAGACUUGCCAGGUCUGGAUUUUCUUUCCCUAAUCCCAGUUGAUUCACAGUACUGUCCUCCUAUGUUUUUGGAUAGUCUCACCUCAACCUUAACAAGCAGCACGCCUGGCAGCAUCAUCACGUCCACCAGUCACCAGGAGAGCAGCACGCACGUUAGCUCCUCCAGCAGGAGCGAGACGGGGGUGAUAACCAGCAGCGGAGGCAGCGCUCCCGACAUCAUCUCACUGGACUGAAAGCAGGGGCAGCAGGGGGACUCCAAGGAGAAAUCGCACAGAGCUGCGGCUCCUCUCUCUGGAACUUCAGCAUCUCGGAAGUUACUCUGAUAUUUAUUGAAAGGAUUUGCCUUCUGGAAAAUGGAGUAAAUUCAUCUACACUAGGAACAGAAGUGAUAGUUUUUUUUUUAUUAUUAUUAUUACUUUUUUUUUUCUUGCUCAUUAAAUAGCUGGUAUAGAAAAGGCCCCUUCAGAACAUGCUUUUACGCUUUCGGCUUGUUCUGGGGAAACUGACUUUUUGUUGCUGGGUGGAUUCUACAAAUGGCUUUUAAUUUUGUUGUAAACCACAGCAAUAAUGUAAAAACAAAGAAAAACUUUUUUUAAAUAAAAAGGCACUUAACCACUCUAGAACAACACCACCGACAACAACCUGGACAAAGGUGCAGAAGUGUAUGCAUUGGUGAAUUUUUAAUAUUUUCACGGGGGCCUGUAAUAAAACUUCGUUUAAGACAAUGAAGCUUUGUGAAAUAGCCAUGACUUGUGUUGUAUGUCUCUUGUUCCCCCCCUUCCCCCUUACUUGGGGGAUGCAGGGGAAGCCUCUGUAAAUGGGAUUGUUUGGGUUUUUUGUUUGUUUUGUUUUGUUUUGUUUUUUUUCUCCUGAUUUCACGUUUUUCAUAAAUGCGACGAAAUCCUAAGCUGUGACUUCUUCCUCUUCAUGUUCUUUGGGCUGGGGACAAUCUAUCUAUGCAAACCCUGCGUUACGCCAUCUUGGUGCUGUCAUGUCAGAAUUAAGACACUUCCCCUCCACCACCAAAAACUCCAAACUAUGUACAGUUGAAUUUUUUUGGUGUGAUAGCUUUAAGAAGGGAUGGGCGGGGGGGGGUGUGGGAAAAAAGCCUUUAAACUCAAAUUUGGAUUAUAAAGUUCUUGGUGGCCCUCCCUGACCGGAUGAUCAAACUUCUCUGGCAGCUGUAAGGAGACAAAAUAGGAAUGGCUUUCUCCGGUGUAGGAUUAUUUUGUAGGAUCUCUUGCUGCUGGCACUGCCGGACUCCGCUUGGGAAUACUGCACUCUGGCUUGCCCUGGGGCAGGCUUGGCUUUUUGGAAGAUAAAAGCUGCGCUGUGUUUCCCCCCCCCUAACUGGAAUUAUAUGUUUAGGGCUUAGCGCUGCUUUGUCCCCUGUUACGGGGUUCCUAGUCACGGCUUUUCGAAUUCAAUGGGAACAAUUCCCUCCUGUUUUACUCCUCCCCAUGAAUCUGCUGCUUUGCGCCUAUGCGGUGUUCUCCCCACCCCCCUCAGCAGUACUGUAUGGGGAAGAGGUUACAGACGAGGAAAAUCGAGUCAUUUCCGCGCAGCCGGAAUAAUGUUAUUGUCUAAAUAUGUUGACAGCAGCUUUUCCAAGUGUCGUGUUUCUGUUGAGUUAACUGUAUUUGAGAUGAUUCCUUCCUUAAUUACCAGCUUUCACUUUUUUCCUAAUUUUGUGUUCCUUUUUUUUUCUUUUUUUUUUUUUGUUAUUUCUUUAGUCAGGUGUCUGGUGCUUUUUGCCUUCCGUUACUGUGACAGUAUUUGAACAAAGUACACGGAUAAGAAAUAUCGAAGCAGGAUGUAUCUGUAACUCUCCUCUGCCCUGUACUCCCACCUUUAAUGCUGCGUUACUAUCCCUCAUUGCCUUUUUUUUUUUUUUUUUUUGUACGACCUUUCACAGCGGUCUUCAGUUCACGUGCUGGUCUUAAUAUUGCAUCCAGUCUUUCGUUUCCGUAUCUGUUGAAUUUUUUUGUACCUGUUGAGGAUGAGUUUUUUAGCAUGAUUUAUUUCCAAUAAAGCCAUGCUACUCAUGAAGGUUUUUUUUUUUCUUUUCCUAGCGGCCUGCAGCCCAUCCGUGGUUUCUGCAUCACAAUCGCGCAGUGACCUGAACUAUACAUAGAGCGUGGAGAGCGAGGUUCCAGAGUCAUGCUGAAUAAAGCGUUUAAAACUGGUCUCUGUUGCUGAAAAUGCUGUUUAUACUCUUAAUGCCGAACUGAAGCGUGACUCGGGCAAGUGCUGAACUGGCUGAAGGGACGUAAAUGUCUCACAUGUAUGUCACAAAGGUCCCAUUUUUAGGACAUGUGCUCUAAACCAUUCAUGAUAGCAUAAAAUACAGCUGGAAUUCUGUUAAUUAUUGUGCCCUGACAGUAGUUAGUUAUCAGGGCUGAUGGACGGUUGUGUUCUCCAGCUCUUUUGGGCAGGAGUUUUGCAGCUGCAUUUCACUUUAAACCUUCUCGACCCGUGACAGCAAUGUCAAAUGCAAAAUUUAAGUCAUUCGAGCACCCCCUGUUUGGGAGAGAGUGAGACUGUCACAGGCUGUGGUUCAGGUGAACUCUUACGUGAGUUUUUGGCUUCUUUUUCCUUCAAUGAGUUCUAAACGGCAUCAGAACGUCUAUGCAGGAACUUCU